UUUUUUUUUUUUUUUUUUGUAAAUUUGCCUCCGCACUCAGACGACUACUUCAAAUAAUGUAAGUCGGACUUGAAAUGCCCGUUUAGCGCGAGAUGAUGAAAGACAUCUUUUACGUUUUAAAAAAGUAGAACGUCUCUCUUUCUCUUUGAUCUAAAGCCUCAGGUACAGAUACAUGAUGUGACUGCUUGAGUUGAACUUGAAGUGGACUCAGCGCAAGACGAUGAAAUACAUCUUUUCUGUGCUACCAUCCAGAAGAUCUGCGAUUCGAAUUUUUUUUUUUUUUUUGGUCGAUUCAUUAUAGACCCGAUCAUAACAUGGCCUUGUUUUGUUUCACGACGUUUUCGCACCUUAACUGUUUUGUUAGAUAUCUUGAUAUUACUGUAUUAAACGUCGUAAUGAGCGUGUACUGUGCAGUGUAUUACUGUAUUGCGAUAUUCUUUCGUCAUUAGGCUCCAUGUUAUUAUUCGAGCUGUGCUCGUCACCUUAAUGUUGAGGCCACGUGGCCUGUCAGUUCUUUUAAAAAAUCGUUCUUUCUCUUCUGUCACUAUGUUUCACAAUAAUGCGCCCGCUCAGAGAGAGAGAGAGCGCAGUGGUGCCACGUGACAAUAUUUCAGUUGUUGCCGGUGACGGGCGCAGUGUUCAGCCAUGCUUGUUUGGUCGCGCCCACGCUCAGAGUGCUGCAAAUUGCUGCAUGGGUGUAAAUGAAGACUACUCAUUUAACCCAAGUUCUCUUUCGUCGCAUCAGGCAUUUGUGCUCCCCUUUUGAUCACAAAAAGUGACAAUGAACUAGCAGAGCUUAAGAGUAUGCUAUAAGAAGUGAAGCGUGUAUGGUGGCCAGUCUGGGAGAGAGGGGGGAAAGUUGGACUAUUGCCACCAGAUGGCGCGUUUCAGGACUGUUUGUCGUGGCCGUCCGAGCUUGAUGCGGACCGUGUUCUUCGCAGCAUUCCUGUACCUCCUCAGCAUUUUGUACAUCAACAGCAACUACCUGCGAGCUCACUGGUCGUCGAGGAGCAGUGGCAUGGGCCAAUCGUACUCGGAGGAUCUGCCUGCGGACUUCUGGAGUAGGCCACCACAUCAGGGCGCCCGCACCUGCCGACCCCGCUCCAACUUCGUCUUCAUCAAGUGCAUGAAAUGCGCGUCGGAGACGAUGGCAUCCGUGCUGAGGCGCUACACCUAUCGGAGAAACCUGUCGGCUGUACUUCCGGUGGGGAAACGCCUAUACCUGGGUUGGCCGUACACCAUGACGUCAGACGACUUCCGGCCGUCGCGGCGCGGGUACAACGCCCUUAUCGAGCACGCCAUCUACAACAGCAGUAGCAUGCGCGCUCUCAUGCCCCCGGACACGGUCUUCAUCACCAUGAUUCGGGAGCCCUUCCAGCACUUCGUGUCCGUCCUCAACUACUUCAACGUCUUCAACCUCAGCAACACCAGGGUGCGACAGGGCAUUGCCGCCGUUCGAGACUACCUCCGCCAUAUCGAGGAGUAUGAUGCUGUGUACAAAAGCGCGCAAGCCGCGCCCAAGCGCUACUGCAUCCCCGACGACUUCUCCAUCACCAAGAACUUGCUGUCGCACUGUCUGGGCAUGCCCACUGGCUUCCCUCUCGGCAUGGCCAACAUCACCGGCAACCCCGAGGCAGUUGGACAGUACAUCCAGGACCUGGACGCGGAGUUCUCCCUCGUCAUGAUUAUGGAGUACUUCGACGAAUCGCUGGUCCUCCUGCGCCGCCUGAUGUGCUGGGACACCAAAGACAUUCUCUACCGCACAGUCAACGUCGGCUCGUACCAGAAGAACUUCACCGUCGCGGCCCUCUCGUCGGAGGAGGCGUCCGUCCACCGGAACUGGUGCCAGGUGGACAUACGUCUGUACGAGCACUUCAACAGAAGUUUCUGGAAGAAAAUCCGGCAGCAAGGAGCGGACUUUGUGCACGAGGUUGUGUACUUCAAGCAGGUGUUGCAAGCCGUUAAGUCUUUCUGCGACAAGAAAGCCUCUUACGGCGAUAGUCGCAUUGAGUUUCCUGAGUCCCGCUGGUCCCUGCCUUUCAUGUCUUGGCCGAAGAGUGCCGCCAGUUUGUUAGCGACCAGUUUGACUUUUUUAACGGUUUAAAGCAGCGAUAUGAGAAGACUGAGGGUCAAGUUUGGUUGAACCAGACUAGCAGCAGUUUCACUCAGCGAAAAUAUCGUCCUUUGUGUUGAAGACUACAAACUCGGGGGUAAUAUAUGGCUUAGGUGAAUUGCGAUCACUUGAAAAACGAUUUGAAAUGUUUGGAGUCACAAAUAAGUUUAUUUACGUUUCACUGUUGUUAAACUGACGCUGGGGCGUUUUGUCACGGACAUGUAUACAGAACCGGUUGAUAUUUGAGUGCAUAAACGUGAUGUAAGAUGUGGUGUAACCGUUUCAAAUUAGGCAAGACAAGCCUGCGAUCAGAAAUGUAUGAGAGUUGUCUUUAUUCGAAAAAAUCCUUGCUGACACACAUUCAUGCACGCAUACAACAUGCACGUGCAUGAGUUGGAGUAGGAGUGUCUUUGAGGGACUGUUGACGUCUUCGGCGACACCUUUAGCAGUUGACCUAGCCUUAUAUGCAGUGCCAAUUUUCAGCAGGAUCGUUUCUGCAUUGACCUCAUAGCUAUUGCUUUGAUGUGAACGGGGUAUGGUGUUGGGGUGGUUAUUCUAUAAAUCGAGGGGCGACUCCACAAAGCCGAGACCUGACUUUUUUUUUCUCUCUCAACAGUAUAGAGCAGUCGUAAGGGAGCUGUAUUCACUAGACAGUUGGGUGCGGAAAGACGGUUGUGCUUUGCCGGAACAAAACUCAAGUGGAAAUCUUCCGCAGGCCCGUGGCUGGAUACAAAGAGAGUUGGUGAAAGGGUGGGGUGGGGCUGUAAAUGCGACGUGAAGGAAAGGACGACUGACUGAGCUGCUGGUCUCAGCCGUACACCCCAGAGAGAACGCGGAGGAAAACUUUAAUGUCCGACCUGUUGCUCCAGUGUUUGUGUCCUUGGCGACACCUGGUUUACGUACACAAGAUCUGACGACCCGUUUUUGCUGCAUACACCCUGAACUCUUAUUCAUGCAUGUGACCCCGUUUUUCUUUUGUGGGAGAUUUAUGGAAAGUGCAUAAUUAUAUUUUAAAACUACAAUUUUUUCUCUUCAAUGUCUGGAGUGACAGAAUUUUGCUAGCAGCUACAUAACCACUCAGGUCACACAUUUCUGAUUAAAGUAUCACAUUUGGUAGCUUGCAGUGGCUCAGGUCUUGAGCUUGUGCAAGUAAGGUGGCGGGUGAAAGCACAUUUUCCUGUUCAUAUUUGUAUAACUUGCUUAUUGAGUUUCCUUGGCUACUGGCGACAUAUGUAUUUCAAGAUCACGAUGUAAGCACCAAACAUGAAAUUAUGAAAAACAAUAAAUGUGAAGGUGAACUAACCUUAAAGGCCGUUUAAUAUAGAAUCAAUAUGAACAAACUUCUGGAGGUUAUUUGAAAACGUUGCCACACUGUGUCCAGCGUUGGUCCAUUCGUAAGGGUUAAGAACGGCCUUAACUGUAUUUGAUUGAAACUUUGUGGUUUGGUUGGCUGUGGCUUGCGUUUCCCGAUGAAUGUCGAUGGGGCAAGCGCUUGCAUGCACUCCGUUAAAGGGAUGAUGUCGGCAAACAGUAUGAGGAUUAGUAUUUUAUUUAUUUAGGUUGAAGCCAAGGGCUUUGGUACUGCUAGUCUCCAAGCGUUCGGUUUCGCCCAGAACCUGUGGGAAGGAUCAUAAGCUUUAAAACCGUCAGGAAAUCUCCCAUAGUUAACCUAGUUUACCCUCAGCUGUUAAAAUGCACCAAAACUUUUGAUAAAUAAAUAGUAUGCAAAUCCCCGAGAGAUAACUUAUGUGAUCUGAUACACAGCACCUCAGGUUACACACAGUGUCCGACCAGUCAGACCUUAAAGAAUGUAGGAGCUCGGGCAUGAAAUGCAGCGAAGUGUCAAAUGGAAUAUCUCGCCAACGUUCCAGAUUUGUAAUUUGGUGUAAACGCUUUACACUGGUUUGUUUUUUGUUGUUUUUUCCUGGUUAUUUUUGAUAAUGAUGUUACUUCCGUGAUGUAACAGAUCUCUUGGAAACUUUCUUCUCCAUGUUUCGUUUCUCUUCUAGUUUUCUUUCUACGACCUUUGAAUUGAACAACAGGUUUCGGUUCGUUAAUGCCGGGCUCUUUCCGUGGUGAACUGUGCGGAAGUGAAUCCUGUAGGCUUUUCCCUUAUUCCUUUCGUUUUUGCCCUC